AUGGCCAACAACCAGAACCUCGAGGAGCAGACGAUCCGGUCUCCAUUGCCUCUCUAUCAGUCCAUUCACACUCCUCCAUCGACCAUCGGUUGUCACUCUACUGGCGGAUGCAACGCCGCCCAUUGUCACGCACAAAUUCAACCAUGCAACCGCGGAGAGACUUUCAACGAGGGCUCCAGGGCGAACAUGGUGCCUCUGCCGAUGCUUGGUAGAUGGCCGGCUCUGGUGGAGUGCCCCGGUUGCAAGGGAGUUUCUCCCACCACGACCGAGCACGUCAUCGGAAAGGGAACGCACUGGAUGGCGGUCAUGCUUUUCUUCACCACCGGUCUUGGGGUGUUCGUGCCUUACUCCUCAAAGCCGUUCAAGAACGUCCGCCACAACUGCAUGCGCUGUGGACGCACGCUGGCUACGCAGCGAUUCGGCGGUGGCACCAAGGCUCACCUGAUAGAAUUCGACAUUGACUAUUCUUCUACACCCAUCCAGCUUCUCGACUUCGACAUCAUGAUGCACCGCAUAUUCUUGUUGUUGCCAUUGUUCCUGCUGGCCAGCCCGGUCUCGGCUGUCACUUGGUACUUCCUCCGCUACUAUCCCGCCUCUGGACAAAAGUUUACGUCCUUUUCCGGUGAAAUGGUGAUCCCGACUUUGCAGCAGGCGGGCUUUUACUAUCUGUGGCCCGGACUUCAGCCAACCGAUAACACGGGUGUCUACCAAAACGUGCUAGAUGGUCGAAGUGGGACGUGGUGGUUCGGAUCCGGAUGGUGCUGCUCUAACCCCAGCCUGCCCUGGGGCGGUGGUUUCAAUACCUACGGCGGAGAGACGGUGUCUUUUGAGAAUACGCUCAAGUCAGAUAACUCUGCGUGGAGUACUACAGUCACAAGACAGACCGGUGGUCAAACUGUGACCAAUGACUUUGCUCUGGCCGACAAGUCAUUCAACCAAGUGCUGUUUGCCAUUGAGCUAUACGAUGUAGCUUGGGAUUUCGGUCCUUUGGAGUUCAAGAACAUUGUCAUUACAUCUGAGGGUAGCUUAGACUCAAGCUGGUGCAACACCUCUCCUCAAAACUACAACACAGCCACGAACUACACCAUCACCGGUAUAAGCGCUAGUGUCAGUGGUACCACAGUCACUUGCGAAAUCCAGUCGGUAAUUCUUGAAAGCCCAGCUUGA